ACGCGUGUGCCUCCGUGGAGUGCGGGUCAGACGCUUACUGCUUGGCGCCCGACGAUGGGCCCCCCGUGUGCCUCUGCAGCUUUGCCGGCUAUGCUUUCAAUGAGACGAGCAAGACAUGCACUGACCCAUGCGAGGCAGUGCAGUGUCCCGAGACGACACAGUGCGUGGCGCAAGAUGGACAGGCGCAGUGCCAGUGCCCCGGGCUCUACAUCAUGCAGAACGGCACCUGCACGGAGGCCGCCCUGAGAGCAUUACUCGCCUCAUCCCUCAAUCCUCCCCACACCCCACCCUCUUGCCCCUUUAUUCCACUCUCUUGCCCCUCGGCUACAACAUCUCGACGGCGUGCCACGCCCACCGUGCCCCGCCCACCGUGGCCAGAUGGAGAGCUGCAGACGGUGGUGCAGGUGGAGGGCGUUGACAACAUGGACUUGCUCUCCUUCCAGAGCCCCGUGCCCAUGGCGCGCGCCACUGGCGCCAUCGCCUGCACCAACAUCAGCGACCUGGGCGGCAGCAUCACCAAGAUCGAAGUGGGAUGGAAGGGCUAUGAGGAUUUUACAGCUGGCAAGGGCAUGUGCAAGAGCGUCUCGUUUCACGCCGACUCGGCUUGUGCGGAGAAGCCGGGUUUGACCAUCGCCCGCCCUGCCAUGCUCCGCAAUGCCUUCCCCGACACAAAAGCGUGA